AUGGCCGGCAUCUACAAAGCAUACGACGUCCGCGGCACCUACCCGGACCAGCUCGACGAAACCACCGCCUACGGCAUCGGCAGGGCCUUCUCCAACCUGCUGACUGACGAGGACUUCGCCCACGGCCGCUCGGUGGUGGUCGGCCACGACAUGCGCUCGCACAGCAAGCCGCUCACCGCCGAGCUGAUCCGCGGCCUGCGCGAGGCCGGCCUCGACGUGAUCGACAUCGGCCUGGCGACCACGCCGAUGGGCUACUUUGCCGUCGGCCACCUGCGUGCGGCUGGCGGUAUCCAGGUCACCGCCAGCCACAACCCGGCGGCCUAUAACGGCUUCAAGAUGAGCCGGUACGGCGCCCGGCCGGUUUCUGGCGACCAUGGCAUCCCGAUGCUCGAAGCACGGGUCGCGGCCGCCGACACGCCGACCGCGGACACGCCCGGCAAGGUCGAGCAGCUCGACAUCCGACCAGCCUACGCCGAGCACCUGCUGAGCUUCCUGCGCCGGCCCGAGGAUGCCCGCCGGCUCAAGGUGGUGGUGGAUGCCGCCAACGGCAUGGGAGUGCUCUACCGCGAACUGCUGGAGCGUGCCGGCAUCGAGUUGGUGCCGCUCUUUUUCGAGCUCGACGGUACCUUCCCCAACCACGAAGCCAACCCGCUCAAGCUGUCCAACCUGGAUGACUUGCGGGCCGAGGUUCUGCGGGUCGGAGCCGACUUGGGGGUGUCGUUCGACGGCGAUGCCGACCGUGCGGCUUUCGUCGAUGAACACGGCGAGCCGGUGGGCUCCGAUCUAUCGACGGCGUUGAUCGGCGGCGAGAUCCUGCUGCGCGAGCCGGGCGGAGCGAUCGUCUACGAUCUGCGCUCCUCCCGAGCCGUGGCCGAGCACAUCGAAGCCCGCGGUGGCCGGCCGAUCCGCGAGCGGGUCGGCCAUUCGUUCAUCAAGGCGACCCUGCGCGAGAACGAUGGCGCCUUCGGCGGCGAGCUUGCCGGGCAUUACUACUUCCGCGACCACUACACCGCCGACUGCUCACUGAUGGCGGUCUACGAGAUGCUCAACUUGCUGUGGAAGUCAGGGAGUUCGAUGUCCGAGCUGGUUGCGCCUCUACUGCGCUACGCCAAGAGCCCGGAGAUCAAUUUCGAGGUGGUCGACAAGGCCGGCAAGAUCGCCGAGCUGGCCAAGCGCUACGGCGACGGCGAGAUCGACUAUCUCGACGGUAUCACCGUGCAGUAUCCGACUUGGUGGUUCAACGUCCGCCCGUCGAAUACCGAAAACUACCUGCGGCUGGUCGCCGAGGCGGCUGACACCGAGCAGCUAGAAGCGAAGCUGGCAGAACUGAUGGAGCUGCUCGGCGAGCCGGCUGACUGA